AUUUAUAAAUGAGUAAUAAUAACAACGGUAGCUCCGAUAAGAACAAGGCAGAUAUGACCAACCUCCCUGAAAUAACAAAUAAUCCCCCCAAUGAUGAAACGAGGCAAAAUUUUUUAGAAGUGAAUAAUUCCCCUGACCUAACCAAUAACGCUGAGCAAGAGAUAUUGGACACGGUUGCAAAUUCCUCAGCGAUAUUCAAAAGUCAACAGAAAGACGAACCCGAAUUGCUGUUUCACGAAAAACGCAAAAUAGCAGAGGAUUUGCUUAAAAAAAAUCACCACCAGUUUCUUUCUCGUUUUGGCAAGAGUUUGAAGCCCCAUUUGUUGGAUUAUUUCACCGAAAAAUCCGGUGAUUAUGAGACUACUUAUCACGUUAGCAAAUUAAGAAGAUUUUUAAAUGUCGAGAUGAGGAGAAUUGACAGGAAGAACAGGAGGUAUGAAGCCUGGAAGGAGAUGAUCCAGAAGGGGGAGUAUUUCAGUGAAACAGCCAUGAUGAAGCGAAACCCACUGUUGUACGAACAUUUAGUCGGAAGAUUUCUCACUGAGGAGCAGAAGAAGGCUCGCGAUAACGUGGACACAACGAAUAUCACAUUUGUAAAUUUAUUAUUGGAGGGAAUAGAGAGGGAGGGAGUUAGGGACCUGAAAAAGGCCCAGGAGGAGGCCGAGGAGGAGGUGUUGGAGGAGAACGAUUCUGAUUCUGAUGAUGGGAAAGGUGAUCUCGGGGGUGGAAAGAAGGGGGAUAACAAUUGGGGGGAGAUUGAUAAGGAGAAUGGGGAUGUCUACGAGGGGAUGACGAAGGAGCGGAGGAAUUUGGAGAAUCAUCGAGCUGAUGAGAUUGAUUAUGAGGAGCAGCAGGUGCUCAGGCAGGAGUUUAUCAGCCAAAUGUACGAGAGCUUCCUCGAGGGGAGGGAUACUGAUUUUGAUUAUAGCGCUGUUGAUGAUAACGAGGCGUAUGAUAACGUCGAGUUGAGGGAGCAGGACGAGGAGGAGAAAUAUUUCGAUGCAGAGUCACCAGAAGUGACGAUCGGAUCGUCGCAGACACCGCUGGAGGGGUGCGAUGAUUCCGAAGAUGAGUUGGAUAAAUAUAUGAGGAGUCUAAAGGAACAGGAGAGUGAAGAGGCUACUUGAGAACAAUGUUUAAAAAAUAUUGUAAAAUUGAGCAUUGAAAAAUUGAAUAUAAUAUUUUUGUUAA